AUGCUUCACCUAUUAUAUCUUGCAUUUGCCUUGUGCCAUGAAGUUCCUGAUGUAUGCACUAGUUCUGGGAUGAUAGCAAUCAACUUUGUAGAUGGACCAGUCAGGGGAGUGACCGAUAAGGUUCUAAACACUCUGGAAGAGCUUGGCGUGAAAGCUACUUUUUCGUUUACGGUGAACCAGAAAGCCGUCGGAAAUGUAGGGCAGUUGUAUAGGAGAGCAGUCAACGAAGGACAUACUGUAGGAUUGAGAGUCGAUCCAAGGAUGGAUGAGGGAUACCAAGAUAUGUCUCAAGAGGCCUUGGAAGAUAAUAUUGACCGGGAGAUAGAUACAAUCGACGGACUCAGUGGAACUGAGGUGAGAUAUGCGUCUGUGCCCAUAUCCAAUGGAGAGGUUAGCUCUGAGCUAUAUACCAUCCUUACCCAGAGAGGUGUUCUUCCCCUAGGAUAUACCUUCUGCCCAUAUGACUACGACGACCCUAUAGCCGAAUUCGAAGCCAUGAUAGAAGGAUCAGAUCCCAAACACCAUUCCUUCAUCAUCUUAAUGCAUGACGGACAGGAGGGAGAUACUUCACGCUUGGAGAAGAUGGUGGAGAUAGGAGAGAAAAAGGGAUAUACUUUUACUAACAUGGAUGAAUGUCUUCGAGGCUAUAAAGGCUCUCCUGGAGAUCCGGAGCUCAAUCUCAGAGGAAAGGGUGCUGCAAGCCUCGCUACGUUCCUCCCUUUCUUCAUGCUAUUGGGGCGACUUCUCUAA